UGUCGCGAUAUUAGUAAACGUUCCCGCCAUCAUCGCGCGUUGCUGAAAGGCGUCAACAACAAACACGCCGGAGGGCAGGUGAAUGCCGGCAAAACGAACUUACCGCUCCUGAAGGAACGUCAAAAAAUACUACAUUGUAUGUUACACGUUCGAAGGGUUUGAUCUCAGGACAUCCAAGUGCACCACCAGGAUAUUAAGCCAUGGCAACUAUGGUGCCCAAACUCUCCAGUGGUGGCACUGUUGACAUUCGCUUCGUUAGCAUGGAGCUGGGCACCACAAAAUGGAGAGAAGGGACAUUUGAAAUUUUGGAGAAGGACAACAAAGUUAACCUCUGUGUAAAAUUCAACAGUGGUGGAGCUCUCAAAACUUUCCAGCUGAACCAGAAUGUGAAAACCGUUACCAAUAAUGUGAGCCGAAUCAGUUUGACAUUGAAGGAUAGCAACAUCAUCACAUUGGAUAAAAUGUCCCCAUCUGUGGUUCAGAGGACAAAGGAAUACCUGGAAAAACUGAAGCAGGACAAGUCAGUUUUGAAAUCUUCCCAUGGAAGUGCAAACUUCAGCGUGCUAAGUCACAGAUCUGUGAAGAACGAGAACAGUCCAUCAGGGGAAAGACAGACAACACCGAGGCGGCAGAGUGCAGAAGGCCGAGAAGAGAUGAUGCCACGUAAACUUCUGAGCUGCCCUGGCAGAGCGGCCUCCACGCCCACUCGCACUGGUCUGUCUGAAAACAGGGCUGAGAAGAGAAAGAGGCUCCUAAACUCUGAAAGUGACUUAACUGAAGAUUAUCCCAAGGAAAAUGACUCAUCAAGCAACAACAAAGCCACGUCCGACCCAUCCAGGAAGUUUCUCCUGAGCUGUAAAGAAAAGCUGAAGCAAGCGGAUGAAAACAGGAGUUCAGCUCCGCUGGGUUCGUCUCCUCUUCAGCCGUCUUCUUUCUAUGUGAGCCGGUCUGGAACUAAAGACUACAGUCAGAGCCGCUCUUUUCUGGACAGCCCUAGGCCUGCCAGCACCGCACAGACCAGCUCAGCCAAGAGGAGCCUGGUGCUCCCCAGCCAUUCAACUCCCUUCAAGAAAGUACGGUCUUCUCUGGACUACGGCGGCUGGAACAAGCAGAGACCCUCUGCCCUGACACAACCACAGUCGCCCCUGCAAGGGUUUUCCAAUCUGGGCAACACUUGUUACAUGAAUGCCAUCCUUCAGUCCCUCUUCAGUCUCCCCUCAUUCUCCAGUGACAUGCUAAAGCAGAGCAUCCCAUGGAAGAAGGUGCCCAUCAACGCUUUGCUACGGCGUUUUGCUCACCUUAUGCUGAAGAAGGACGUGAGCUGUCCAGAGACGAAGAAAGAUCUGUUGAGGAAGGUGAAGAACGCCAUCUCCUCCACAGCUGAGCGCUUUUCUGGAAACAUGCAGAAUGAUGCUCAUGAGUUCCUGAGUCAGUGUUUGGACCAGCUGAAAGAUGAUGUGGAGAAAAUGAACAAGAGUUUGACAAGCGAUGCUGCUGCCUCCUCCUCUGUGGUCCGUGACAACAGUUCAGAGGCCAUGUUGUCUGCUUUUAAGGUAGAACCUGGUGAGGAGGCAGAUACCUCCCGACUCUACACCUGCCCCGUUGCAGUCAACAUGGAGUUUGAGGUGCAACACACAAUCACCUGCAAAUGCUGUGGGGAAGUGGUGACAAAACGCGAGCAGUUCAACGACUUAUCCAUUGACCUGCCACGCAGAAAGAAAACCCUCCCGCUCCGCUCCAUCCAGGACUCUCUGGAUCUGUUUUUCAGGAUGGAGGAAAUAGAGUACUCUUGUGAAAAAUGCUAUGGAAAAUCUGCCACUGUUGCACAUAAAUUCAGCAAACUUCCCAGAGUUCUAAUCCUGCACCUGAAACGGUACAGCUUCAACGCUCAGCUGUCCCUGAACAGCAAACUGGGCCAACAGGUGGUGAUCCCUCGGUACCUGACCCUGUUGUCCCACUGCACCGAGUUGACGAGACCCCCCAUCAGCCUCGGCUGGACGACCCAAGCUUCCUUGUCCAGAACAUUUAAAAUAUCACCUAUCAACUCCCCCACAGCAUCUUUUCGAAGGACUGGAGGAAAAGUUGCUAACUCCAGCUGUAGCUCCAUCCUCUUGGACUCUGACUGUAAAGAGGAGCCCAUCAGGAGAGUCAGUGUUAACCGGAAACGUCGCUUCAGCAGCUGCCUGCCUGAAGAAGAUGAACGUUCAGAAGAGAAGGCAGCAGUGAUGGAUCCAGCAGAGUUCGAUGGAAUAAACGAUGAUGAAAUGCUGGCAGCUGUGUUGGAGUUGAGCCCAGAUGACGCUGGACUGUCUGCACCUCCUACCCUCGAGGAUGAGCCAACAAGCAGCCCAGACACAGGGUUUGGAGACUCGGACGUCCAUGACCUGGCUUAUCACACAGAUCUGUUAGAAACGGGGAAAAAACCUGCAGAUGUGCUGGACUCCCUUGACUUGACCAUGGAUGAAAACAAGGAAAACCAGACUCCAGAGUGUCUGCAACAGCAGGGGGAGCUAGACUGGGUCCAACAGUACAAUCUGGACCAGGAGAGGGAGGAACAGGAGCUGCAGCAGGCCCUCGCCCAGAGCCUCCAGGAACAUGAAGCUCAAGAGUUGAGAGAAGAUGAUGAUCUGAAGAGAGCCACUGAGCUCAGUUUGCAAGAAUUCAGCAACUCCCUUCCUGAGGUGCUUUGCUCGGAUGAGGAUUCUGGGAACGAGGACAUUCUAGACAUGGAGUAUAGUGAAGCUGAGGCAGAGAGCCUGAAGAGGAAUGCUGAGACUGGAGACUUGGCUAACUCCUACAGACUCAUCAGUGUUGUCAGUCACAUUGGCAGCAACUCCUCCUCAGGACAUUAUAUCAGCGACGUCUACGACAUGAAGAAACAGUCAUGGCUGACCUACAAUGACCUGGAUGUGUCACACACACAGGAAGCAGCCGUGCAGCGAGACCGUGAUCGCAGUGGAUACAUCUUCUUCUACAUGCACAAAGAUGUGUUUGAGCAGUUGUCUGAGAUGGAGAGAUCAGGAUCCAGCAGCGGUUCAGAGGCAGGAAAGAACAUCCUGCAGCCUCUAUGAGCUCCACAUCUUCCAACACCCCAUCACCAACCGCUCAUUCUGAUAAAAUGAGUUUUCCUGUGAACAGCCUUCCUGGUUCCCAGGCCUACUUUUCCUAAUCUCUGGCAUGAAACCUGGCUUCAUGCCAAUGCAGGUGACAACUGUUAGGUCUCAGAGGGGAUCCAGGAUUUAGGGGUCUAAAAGGUAUUUUCUUUUUGGUUUUGUAAAUGUAUUUCUGUCUGAGGUUUGUUCUAUAAAGCAGACUUUCGCUAUAAAAAUGUUCAAACACCAGAAAGCGCUGGUGUUGUGCAGACUCUAGUUCUCACAUAAACUAACUAAAGAAAAGGUUUGACCUGUGUUGGAGCAAAUCUGUCAGAGUUAGACAGUUGGUGUAUUUAUUUGGGUACUUUUGGUGCAAUAUUUAGGUUAUGGCACAAACUGGCCAGUUCAAAUCAGUUCGUCAUAGAAAUUAGUUCUUUCCUGGUGGCUUUCUGUGCUUGACCUGCAACGUGCGUGCGGUUCCUUCCGUAUUUUAAGAUUUCCUUAGGGAAAGUGUUAGGUGAACUUUUCUCAUUUGAGCCCAAAUGAUUGUUUUGGGGAUUUUGACUUUGUGCCUCCUAAGACAACCUCUAUAAAUAUAUGUACAAGCUUUACUUUGAAUGGUGCAAAACCUUCCUUCUGAAUGCUUGUGAGUCAGAUGUUCCAUUUAUAAAUAUAAAGCCAACAGACUUUUAAAUAUAGUAUUUGCAGCAUAGACUUAAUUUGUCUAAAUUAGCUGAAAAUAGUUCAUUAGAAAAUGGAAGUCAUGAUUAAUACCAGAGCAACUAUUUAUGUUCCCAUUAUUUCACAGUAUUUAACUGUAGGUCCUGGCAAACUGUUGCUGUCAGAUUUCCUUUUAAAUAUCAUUAUAGAAGUAGACAAUAGGUCUGUUUUAUACACUGUAAAAAAUUAAAUAACAUUUACACACCAGUCACAAUUCACCAAGAGAUUAUUUAAUCAUUUACAUCAUUUAGAAUGAAUAAAAUACUAUUUAACUCAGUGUAAAUGAAGUCUGGCAGGCCUGUGUAUGUGGAUAUUAAAGUGAACAUUUAUCAGCUGACUCCAUGGGUGUCCUGUCGCAUGGUGGAAGUUUCUGUUGAAUUAUUUUUUGGACCUUGCGCUGUCCUGAGUGCUGUGUAACGAGGGUGAAAUGUAUUUAUGAAGUGAGUGAACUGUUUUUCUACCCUUCAGACACAACUGGCUCUUCCUAAAGCAGAUUUUAAUAAAAAAGUGUAGUGAAA